AAUAAAAAAAGGAAGGUGACCUAAGCAGCGAGGCAGCUUUUUGUUGGAGCCAAACCUUGUUUCAAAACCCCAAUUGCGCCGUCUCUCUUUCUUUCGGAUCCACUCAAUUCAAUUCAAUGCUAUAAAAUAAACGGUCAGUUAAACACUUUGGUGGAUAUUUUGUUUACGAAGAUCUCGAAAUGAUCAACUCUGAGAUUAACACAACUGAUCUCGGGACUAAUGUACCCGGCACAACCGCAUUUCACAAACAGCCGGUUUUCGCAGCCAAAAAAGUAGCACUAAGAGAGGUGCAGCAGAACAAUAAUAACAACAUAACGCGCGACAUCCAUUCGGAACGUUUACUUCCAGUCGACGGACAACUGUUUGCAGACGCAUCUAAAACAUGCGGUGCUAAAAGGGCUACACCCGACUAUGCGCCAUCUCCUAUCUUGACCAAUAAUCUCGCACAUGAGCGUUUUAAUCUCCUGCAUAGUAAACAUGAAGGAUACCAUGGGAAAAACGUUGGUUAUUCUCAAUCUGCAAGUGUACCUCAUAUAAAACAAGAAAUGAGCCAGAUUAAUGGGAAUAAUAUGCGUUACGGUUCUUUAGUGGUGCCGAACCAAAUGGCUUCGAAGGUGUCUGUUUCUCGGUUUAAAGAGUAUAAUGAGGAACAGAGGACUGACCGAUUGGUAAAUUUGCAGAAUUUUAUCAAUCAAUGUGAUGGGUCAGAGUAUAAGGAUAAUAUUCAAUUGCUCUUGCGUUUAUCGCCUUUGGAGCUUAGUAGACACGCAGUUGAGUUAGAGAAAAGAGCGAUUCAGUUAACCAUAGAAGAAGGAAAAGAAAUGCAACGAAUGCAAGCGCUAAAUAUCUUGGGGAAGUCUUCAAUAACCAGAAAUUCAAUGCCAAUAACACAACACAUCCAACACAAGAACUGAAUUCUAAGGCUGCUGCAGAUAGGUAAAUUUGACUUUGCCAUGUCACACUUUUCGUAUUAGUUUUUUCUUUAUUUUAAAGUUUUUGUAUCUUAUGAAAAUGAAUUUAUGCAUUAUGUAAUACUAGUUUUACUCUUUUUUAAUAGAAUUUUUCAGUUUUUUUAUGUUUA